UGGGACGGAAAAAACUCGGUUUUAGAUGGCCCUUCUCUAAUUUAAAAUAUAAAAAAUCCUGAAAAAAUGAAAAAUUCUUAAGAAGAGGAGGAAAAAUAAAUGAAUUGCAAGUUGGUGAGUGCUACAAAAAAAUAAAAAGUAUGGACCCAUAGGAUCUUACCAUUCUUUGAACCUUCCUGAAAUUUCUGAAUGCAAGCACAGUAGUAGGAUAGUAAACACUGAACACUCAGAGGCAGAUAGGAGAAAGGUUUCUGAGAUCUAGAGUCCUGGAUUCUCGCCUUAAUUUUAGGACAACACAGUGGGUUCUCUUGCUUCACGGGUGUUUUUAUGUUGUUGCAGAUAAGUAGUGGCUUUGCUUUCUUCUCUAUUCGAUCAAACUUAAGCACUGCUUUUCUGUUGUCUUGUUUUAUUUUUCUUGAAUGUUCGGGUGCCCUUUCUAUUUCAUUGCUUUAAAUUUCGAUGUGGGUGCCUUAAUAAUGAGUAUUUCAGUUUUUGUCUAGAGUUUAAGUUUCGAAGAUGGGUUUAUGAUUUUGUUUGGCUUUUGAGAAUCCAAGAUGCAUGCUCGAUGAUGUAGGUAACUGAAGAGGAGGAAAAAAAAAAGGAAGAAAGAAAUGGGUUUGCUUUAUUUUAGUUUGCUCAAAGUGUAAAACAUAGAUUGCUAUCGGUUUUAUGUUUUUUGUUUUUUUGGUUUUUUGCAUAGCCAAGAAGGUGAUUUGAAAGGGAGAAAUGGGUUUAUCGGUGUGAUCUAAAUUGUUGUUUUAAAUAAUAAAUGGAAGGGAAUUUGUCUCAAGGAGGUAUGAUUCCUGGCGGGGCUUCUUUUGGAGGCCCUGACUUGCAAGGAUCAAUGAGAGUUCAUCAUCAAGGGCAACAUCCACACAUUGUGCACCACCACCAGCAUCCUAUCCAUCGCCAAGGAUCUUCAACGCAUCCCUCAGUUCACGAUGGUUUUCCACCCACAAUGGGGGCCAUGCACAACUCUGAUCAAAACAUGUCCAUGACUUAUUACAAUAAAGGAGAUGGGAGGAAAAAUUUAGUCAGUGAUGAGGAUGAGCCAAGCUACACCGAAGAAGGUGCUGAUGGUCACAAUGAUGUAAGAAGAGGGAAAAAAGGGUCUCCGUGGCACCGUGUUAAGUGGACUGAUAAGAUGGUGAGGCUCUUGAUAACUGCUGUGUCUUAUAUUGGUGAGGAUGCGACUUCAGAUUGUGGUGAUGGAAUGCGUAGGAGAUUCACAGUUUUGCAGAAAAAAGGCAAGUGGAAAUCAGUUUCAAAAGUCAUGGCUGAAAGAGGUUUUCAUGUUUCUCCACAGCAGUGUGAGGAUAAAUUCAAUGACCUUAAUAAAAGGUAUAAAAGGCUCAAUGAUAUGCUUGGGAGGGGCACUUCUUGUCAGGUUGUGGAAAACCCUGCACUUUUAGAUGUUAUAGAUUAUUUAACAGAGAAGGAUAAGGAUGAUGUUAGGAAGAUAUUAAGCUCAAAGCAUCUCUUCUAUGAAGAAAUGUGUUCCUAUCAUAAUGGAAAUAGGUUGCACCUGCCUCAUGAUCCAGCUUUGCAGCGUUCCCUACAGUUGGCUCUAAGAAGUAGAGAUGAUCAUGAUAAUGAUGAUGCAAGGAGGCACCAACAUGAUGAUCUUGAUGAAGAUGAUCAAGAGAUUGAAACUGAUGAUCAUGAUGAAUUUGGGGAGAAUCAUGUUUCCCAUGGGGAUAGUAGGGGCAUACAUGGGGUAUUAGGGGGUUCUGCAAAGAGACUGAGACCAGGCCAGGGCCAUGAAAAUGUUUAUUUUGGGAAUUCAUCUCAGGACCCUAAUAAAGUGUCUUCUUAUUCUCAUCCACAGAUUGCCCAAGUUGAUAUGAAUCAAGUCUCUCCUGAAAGUUCAAGAGCUUCUUGGUUGCAGAAGCAGUGGAUGGAAUCUCGCACACUUCAGUUGGAAGAACAGAAUCUAAAAAUUCAACAAGAGAUGCUGGAAUUGGAAAAACAGCGAUUCAAAUGGCAAAGAUUUAGUAAGAAAAGAGACCAUGAACUAGAAAAACUGAGGAUGGAAAAUGAGAGGAUGAAGCUUGAGAAUGAGCGGAUGGCAUUAGAGUUGAAACACAAGGAAAUGGGUGCUGAUUUUAAUUGAUUUUCCGGUCAUGUCAAUUUUGUUCAUCUCAACAGCUGGACUUGCAUGCAAAUCAAUUUUCUGUUUUUGGUAAGCUGCUUCUGGAACUGGGGUGUCAUUUAGGAGGGGUAUCUAGUGGGAUAUUGUUACUCUGCCUGCAUAUAUUGUGUAUACUUAGGAUAGUCACAAUAAUGUCUCAUACUGCUUUGUUUUGACUCUGGUGAAAUAUCAUUGCCUAUGGUUAAAGAUAUUGUGGCUAUAUAUUUUUUUCCCUGUCAUGUAUUUGCUUUCAUAGUUGAAGUUUGAAUAUCUAGAUCAGCUUGAUGAUCCAGCUACAUAUUUUUGCUUCAAGUGUUUACUUUUAAGUAGUGUCUAAUGAUUGUUUUCAGAAUGUAUUCAAUGAAGUGUAAAUUUUCAGAGUUUGUUCACAAUCCCAAGGUCGUAGGCUAUGCAGAAGUGAGGUCUAACUUCAAUAACUAGCGAUUCCUUUUUUGCUGUUUAACUAUACUUCACUUCUCUUCUCUGGGUGACAUGAUGAACAAGUGCCUGAAGGUCGUUCCAUCUGGGAGAUAGUCAAGUAAUUGUCAUUCUCUAGAUGGGACAUGUGCUUUUGUGCAAGAGUCAAUCCCUGUCUCCCCUCUGGAAAGUAUUUCUCAGCUUGCUGGGGCGGAUCUUGACAAUUUGAGUUUUUCCAGUAAUUUGUGUAAUGACUCAAUUUAACCUUAGUGUCUAAAUUUCCAUAAGUCAACAACACCGUGCCUGUUUAGCAGGUUUAUUUUACUCUAGCAACUUAUCCUUCCAUAUGUUAUCUUAAAUUUUCAGACAGAUAACAUCAGAGUUUUCAACUGAUAGCUGCAAAUAAAAAGCACUUGUACUGUAGCAUGGAUUUUUUGGUGUAAUACAACUGGAAGCUGAAUGGUGUAAGCUUUGGCUGUCAUUGGAAUUUCUUACUUUUUGAAACUGCCCACUAAAUAGUCAAUUUUGGUGACAGUGGAAUAUAAUGUUUGAACAUCAUCAUUAACAUCACUUCUUCUGCU